AUGAUGACAGGUAUGCACGUUGAAAAAAUAGGCAAGUAUGCUAAUUGGAAGAUCCCGACUAAUCUCGUUAAGCUGCAACAACAGGGUCGAAAUAUCAUUAGAUCAAGACCCAGUGAAAUAAUUCACCCUUUUUAUAAGAUUGGACCACUAGAACAAUUACUUUUGAAUUAUCGGUACAAGACUUCUUCACUACUUGAUGGAAGGCCGAAUUUUGCUACAUUUGAUAGGGACUCCCAAAAGUAUAUCCCUAAACAACUUAAGUUGAGAAGCACUCCGGAUUUACCGGAAUGGGUACAUAACUAUAGCUUUCAUGUCCAUAAUAAUGUUUUUAAAGAUAUCUCCUCGAUGAUAAGGAUCACUGAAAAAGACAUUAAAAAUCAAAUAAGGGAAAGUUAUAUCACUAAAGAUACAUCUGCAAAUAUCGAAACCAUCGAAACUUUGAUGGCAAAAAAUAGCAAAAUGAAAGAACCUUUUGAACCCUUGAAUCUUGUUUCGUUGAUUGAUGGUGUAGUAAUGACUACAGAUGGUGUAUACACAGAAGAUCUUUACACAUUUGUAAUACAGAAACACUGCAACCAUUUAAAUAACAUUACAUUAACUGUCAAUGCCAUAAUGUUACAUAUGGAGACUAUGAAACUAGAUCAGUUUUUUGUGCUUGAAAAAUUACUUAGUCAAUUGGUAUAUACGAUGCGACCUCAGAUGGAACUUGUUGCUAGGGUUGAAUCCAAUAUAGUUCUUAAGAAAUUAGAUGAUCUAAUCCAGGCAAUUAGAAUGAAAUUCCCGAACCAAAUAUUUCAGGGUACUACAAAUACACAAUUAAUGGAUCUCUAUACGAAUGUUAGUUACACGAUAACGGCUCAUGAAUACCUAAAAAAGUUAAUACUAGUCAAUAAUAUGUUACCUGAGGAACAAUUAGUAGCAGAAUAUAUUGCUAUGUUAACAGAUUGCUUUCAUGAUGAUACAACCAGUAAGAUGGGUUAUAUUUCUGACCUAAGUAGUGUUAUUGAGUCUCAAAUGACUUCAAAAAUGUUACAUUUUACAUUACCCUUAUGUUCUCAUUUUAAUGAAAUUCAAAGAUUGCUACAGAUAGUGACAAAGAAGAAAGAAACAUAUCAUCUGAUGGACAAAGAAUCACUUAUUGCUAUGCUGAGACAAAUCGAAAUUGUCGAUGACAAUGAUUUGAGUAAAGGUAUAGACAUUAUAAAAAUAUACAAUAUACUACUAGAACAUAAUAUGGUUUCCGAACAAUAUGUGCCCAUUUUUGUUGAAUUUUUGGCAAGAUGUGGUAAUUUUACAAUGAUUGCAAACUUAAUUGAGUGCAAAACAUUUUCGUUAAGUAAUUCUCCAGAAUUACUUAAAAAAAUUAUCGCCAAUAUUAAAGAGGACAGAGAUGAAAACUUACACGUGUAUACUAGGAAAAGUAGUAUGUUCUUAUCCCAAUAUAUUUUACCUAUCAUUGACAAAGUAGAAUUAUCUGAUGAGUUAAGGACAGCCCUGAAAACGCUUUAA